UUCAAACAGUCGAAGCUGAGCUACCACAACCGACAGACGAAAAUUUACCAUUUUCCAUCAUCAAAUUUUCCAAUAUUUUAUUUUGUGAAAAACCCUACACAUUCAGUGGCAUUGGGCUUUCAUAAUUUUUUAUUUUGUUGUUGUUGUUGUUGUAAAACUUUAUUGUAAAAGAAUUACUGUGACUCGAUGUGUACAACCUGUAAAUAAUAUUUUGAUAAAAAUGGAAAUUAGUUGUGUGUAGUGUGCAUAAAGUGUUUUUAUCGUUGCGCACGUUUCAUGAAAAACAUUUGUAUGUCAAUGGCAGUGCAUAUGAUUACACCCCGAAAAACGAAAAUGACUUGAUGCACAGAUAGAUUAUAAUGGCGGAGCAACAACGACAAUCACUAUGUCCGAGACUCAUCGAUUAUUUAACGAUUGUUGGGGCCAGAUCUCAUACAGUUGGACGAACUGGUGCGGGACAAAACCCUUCAAUACAAAUACCAGAACUGCUACGUCGAUAUCCACCCGGCGACCAUGCAGACUUUCCGAUGCCAAUCGACAUGGUAUACUUUUGUCAGCCAGAAGGUUGCGUUAGUGUUCAUCCACGGAAAACUGGGGCAGCCAUUCGAGAUGCAACAUCGUUUGUGUUCACAUUGACCGACAAAGACUCAGGAAAAACUCGUUACGGUAUUUGUGUCAAUUUCUAUCGACCCAUCGAAAAAUCGGUACCCGGUGUUGUUGCAUCACCAAAUACGAAACAUGGUCGCAGCACGGCAUUUCGCAGAGAAUCAUGGCGGAAAAGUAUGGAGAAAAGUUCGGAUUCAGCAUUUUCAAGCUAUAGCCUUUUAACUUCUAGCGACUACAGAAGUAACGUAGCACCGAGCGAUUCGGAUCGCGAUUGUCCCAGUCGCCGUGAUUCGGAUUCACAUCAUCAACAUAUCGGUCAAGCACCGCCCCGUCUCGGAAUAACAGCGCCCAGUGCCGAUUCCGAAUCAUGUGGCAGUAAUUCACCAUCGCCGCGUGCAUCAAGACGCCGAUCGAAAAUACGCAAUCAUUCGUUAACAUCAUUGUGCCUGAUAUCACAUCAUCCAUUUUUUACCACAUUCCGAGAGUGCUUAUUCGUACUUAAGAAACUAAUUGGUGCAUGCAAUGAAUCAUCAAGUUCGAAGUGUUUGGGAGGUUCGAGGCAUCGUGACAAUGUCUGGACAGUAUUAACGGGUCAACCAACCGACCAGACAUCGUCAAUAGUUUUACACGAUGUCAAGGAGAUUGAAACCUGGAUUUUACGAUUACUAUCGGCACCAGUGCCAAUACCUGGUUCGACGCGUAUCGAAGUUGAAGUUCUUUCACCGACCGUACAUGAACCGCUGCUGUUCGCAUUACCGGAUCACACUAGAUUUUCAUUAGUCGAUUUCCCGUUGCAUUUACCAUUGGAAUUGCUAGGUGUCGAGACAUGUUUGAAAGUUCUCACGCUCAUUAUUUUGGAGAAUAAAGUGGUGUUUCAAUCAAGGGAUUAUAAUGCGUUAUCCAUGUCAGUUAUAUCAUUUGUUACAAUGGUUUAUCCGCUGGAAUACAUGUUCCCCGUUAUUCCCUUAUUACCAACAUGUAUGGGCUGCGCAGAACAGCUUUUACUUGCACCAACACCGUUCGUUAUUGGCAUUCCAGCCUCGUUUUUGAUGUUUAAGAAAAACUUUAGAUUACCAGGUGAUAUUUGGCAUGUGGACUUAGAUUCGAAUAAAUUAACUCCACCAUCGGAUUUGUCUGACGAAAUUCCACCGUUACCCGAACCGGAAGGAACGAUACUAAAAAAUCAUUUGAAGCAGGCUAUGCAACUUAUGGAUCAGGCUGGAGCUGGUGCUUUGAAUUCAAUGAGUUCAAACAACCAAAAUGCGUCAAAUCAACAAUUGCUUCCAUCAGUCCGGGAUAGUCUUGCAUCACCGCAAAUAUUAAGUCCUAAGCUUCCACUACAUGAACCCGGUUCCGGCUAUUCAAGUCAACGUAACUCCGUAUCGUCACAAGGAUCACCAAGAUUGCCUAGUCCCGCGCAUACCCCAUCUAUAAAUCCGUUCAUUUACGGAAGUGACGUCGAUUCGGUUGACGUUGCCACUCGUGUGGCAAUGGUUCGAUUUUUCAAUUCGCAAAACGUGUUGGCCAACUUCACCGAACACACGCGAACACUUCGGCUGUAUCCACGGCCGGUGGUCGCGUUCCAAAUAAACAGUUUCUUACGAUCACGACCCAGAGCCUCGAAUUUUUUGGCCAAAUUCGCACGUACACAAGCAGUCGAAUUUUUGGCCGAAUGGUCUUUAACUCCGACCAACGUAGCAUUUUUGCGUGUACAAACUGGUGUUUUGGAUCCGACGCAAAUAGGCGAUAAAUCGAAAUGGUUUGCUCACACACUGACGCCGAUUCGAUUUUCAGUGUGGGAUGAUGGCAGUUCCAUGAACGGAGCGCUAAGAAGUUUACAUAAUCAAACGGAGAGUCAACCGGCCGAUGACAGUGGUUCGGAUUCUGAUGGGGCUGAAAGUACAAGUUCAUCGUACUCGUCAUUGAGUGAUUUUGUAUCGGAAAUGGUGUCAUCUGACCUAUCGCCUAGCAUACACGAUAAUCAACCGCAUCAACAUCACACAAAUCCCAACAUGUCCUCAAAUUUAGAUCCCAAACUGGUGUAUCAUCCACCCAUAUCAUUACAAUUUCCCGAAGGAAUGGAGCCAAAGCCGAAAGUUGAAUCGCGACCGGACUCGCCGAAUUCAUCAUCAUCUAGUCGUUCCGAUUUAAGUUCACCGAGCUUUAAUCGCGAUUCGGAAUUCGAGUUUCCCGGCAAAGUGAAAAGCGAUAUGGUUGUGCUACGAGACGAAGCUGCUGGCAGUUUUGAGAAUGAAUCUGACUCGAAUUCAACCACAACGCCGAAAACGAUUAUGUCGGAACAGAAUGUGUCGAAGGAAAGUCUAGUCGGGAUGGCUGAUAUGGAGAAACGGCGGCUACAGCAAAAAACACCGAUACCGCCAAUUAGCCCGAAUCUGGGCCGUCAAACGAGCGCCGGCAAUGUUCUGGCAAGAACAUCUUCUUCUGGAUCAGCCAGUUCGACUGGUUCACAUCCGGCACUUGGAUCGGCUGGAUCACAACGACAAGGUUCGCAGAGCUCAUUGUUUGAACAUUUUGCGAGCCAGGCAAAGGAAUUGGUAAAAGAAACUACGCGACAGAGCAGUCAAGACGGACUGCUGGCUCAUGUUGAUAAGUUGAAAGAACCAGGAAAGGAGAAGAAAUCCGAUGAGGAGACGAAUAUAUUUGCUCCUUUCGAACAGUUGACUCUACAUGCGAAAAAAGCUGCCGAAGACGCAUCGAAACAUGCUUUGGAAGCGUCGAAACAAGCAGCAGGUGUCAGUAAAAACACGUUAGAAGAUUUAACGUAUGUUGGCAAGUCGACGCUUGGCGAUCUAACCAAGACAGCUAAGGAAGCAGCUGCCAAAAAGGGACUAAUGAAAACAGACAUAUCCCAGCAGCCACAACAGCAACAACAAGUUUCACAACAACAAUUCCAAUCGCAAAGCGUACCGGGAAAUUCUUUGGUCAGCCAUGGAUUGAUAGCUGGAACGGGUAGAGAUUUCUUUUCUUCAUUCAGUAAUGAAAUAAAUGGCAUUACAUCGUCAACGUCGUCAAUGUUCUCGGGACUGUUUGGAAAGAACAAACAACAGACUCAACAGUAUCAACAGUCACCACAACGAAAUCAAAACCAACAGCAGCACCAACAACAAUCCAAUAAAACAAAGCUUCCAUUUGAUCCGUUUCCAUCACGAAAGGUUCUCGUCGAACGGUCGCCACUGAUCAAACACUCGGGACCACGUCAGACGCAAGAAGAAAUUCAGCGCCAACAGAAUGCAGAACGAUCCACAAGCAAUUCCGAAAAUCAAGCCUUUCUGAAUGAUUUAGUCACUCAAGUUCUAGCCGGUGAGGGUGUGGGCUGGUUGAAGUUAAAUCGAUUGAGGAAACUGAUGGAAGAUGAGUCGUAUCGUAUGCUGGUGCUAGGCAAAAUGAACCGAACAUUGGACAAGAAAAUAGCUCCGGACGAUCACAUCGAUGAUGUGUGCGUACCGAAACCGGUGUGGAAAGGCAUGCUAAAAUGUAUACACUCUAUUGCGCAUGGAUUGGAGGUGACUUAUUCAAAUUUUGGACUGGGUGGAAUGGCUUCUGUCUUUCAAAUGAUGGAAAUUGCGCACACUCAUUUUUGGAGCAAGGAUUUAACGGAUGGUGGAGAUCUGACAGCGUCGUUGUUAUCAAGUCAAUCGGUGAGUCCAAUGGGUAGCAGAGAAAAUCUAAAAUCUCCUCAAAGCCCGACAGCUAGCGAAUUGGGAUCUAGGAAGAGUUCUUUUGCCACCGAUACGGCAACGAAUCGUCGAACAUCCGUGCACGAAUCGGGUGAACAUCACCAAUCCACAUCGGAAAUGUUCAAGGACAUGUUGUCGCAAAAGCGAAACAUGCUCAUGAGCAAAUUGACGUCAUUCGAUUCAGACGCAACUGUACAUGGUUCGUCUGGGGCACUGUCUGUCGCCAGUGAUCUGCCAACCGGUGGUAUUAUGCCGGGUAGUGGAUCUUUGAUACCAUCGAUAUCUUGUCGAUCAACUGUAUCCGACACAGAAUAUGAGAAUUUCCCCAACAAGUCCAAUAUGAAAGAUAAAAGUCGAUCUAGUAGUAUUUGGUCGGGAAAAUCAACAUUAAGCGCCGGAUUCCGAUACACCGGUGGGCAUUUAAUCAACACAUCAUCAUCACCAUCACCUGACGCUCCACGUGUGUAUUUAUUCGAAGGUCUAUUGGGAAAGGAACGAUUGAUACUAUGGGAUCAGAUGCAAUUCUGGGAAGAUGCUUUCUUGGACGCGGUCAGUCAGGAACGUGAUAUGAUUGGAAUGGACCAGGGACCCGGCGAAAUGAUGGAAAAAUAUAAAUCGUUGAGCGAUUCGGAACGGAAACGUUUGGAGCACGAUGAAGAUCGAUUGCUGUCAACGAUGCUCUUCAAUUUGACAGCUGAAUUGGUGAUGCUGAAUGUGAAUAAGGAGGAAAUAAAACGAAAGGUCAGGCGCUUAUUGGGAAAGAGUCAUAUCGGUUUGGUGUACUCGCAAGAGGUGCACAAUCUCUUGGAUCAAGUGUUGAAUUUGAAUGGAAAUGACAUCGAUCUGAAACCGUUGGGCUCGAGAAUGUUGAACCGUCAGAGUUUUACCGUUUAUCAGGGAUUGGAUUCUAGCGGCCCGCUACGAUUUAUGGAAGUUCGAGACGAUGGAUUGGUCCUGAGAUCGGUGAACGGAGCCAUAAUCGAACGCUGGUGGUUCGAACGAUUAGUGAAUAUGACAUAUUCGCCGAGAACGAAAGUGAUAUGCUUGUGGCGCAGAAAUGGUGGCCAGACCCAAUUGCACAAAUAUUUCACGAAAAAAUGUAAGGAAUUGUACAAUUGCAUCAAAGAAGCUAUGGAUCGUGGCGGAAUUCCUGCAAAUAUCCCGGAAUUGGGUGGUGAAUUUCCCGUUCAGGACAUGACAACUGGAGAGGGUGGUUUGCUACAAGUUUGCUUAGAAGGUGUUGGUUUAUUGUUUGCCAAUAGUAAGGAUUUCGAGUUUUUCGUUCGUCUGGAUCAUAUCAGAAAAUGUUUUACCCAAAAAGGCGGCAUUUUCAUACUAGAGGAGUUCAAUCCCAAAACCAGGCAAAUCAUUCAGAGGAAAUACAAAUCUUCUAUGGCGGAUCAAAUAUGCUACUCGGUGUUGUGCGUGUUUUCGUACAUGGCAGCUGGUCAAGAGCAGAAAAAGGCAGCGCAAUUAUCGCCGAAACCACAGCAGAAAAAUCAACAAAAACUUCAAACUCAACCACAACCGCCACAGCAACAAAAGCAACAACAUUUACCUUCUCAAAAUACAACCUCACCAACUAUAACCAAACCGCAACAAAAGCAGACGCAACUGCACCAGCAAACACCACCACAACAACAACAACAACAAGUAGCUCAACCAAAACCUCAAACAGUAACCAUAAAACAAACAAUUCAGCCUCAAAAGCCAUUAGUCACAACAUCUGCAGUUCAGCCUCCCGCGCAAAAUCCACCAAUCACUUCUUCCACACCAAUCACACAGACCCGCCCCAUAGCAUCCACAUCGAUUACAAGCAAAGUUACUGAACAAAUCAAAAGUAAAUUGCCGCAGCUACCGCCACGCGUUCAAUCUCAAAGUUCAGUUACUAGCCGUGGUCCUCCACCUGCAAUUCCACCGCGAUCUGCCAAUGCUCCUCCGUUACCCAAUCGUUCCGAAUCGGUUCAAAUUCCAUCAAAAUCGGACGAACCAUCGAACCGAGCAUUGACACGACAAACGUCGGUCAAUUCCAUACCGCCACAGUAUACGCCACAGCCUCCACCGAAAUUUGUAAUACCGCAGCGACAGAAUUCACGCACAUCAUUGGGACGUCACAAUUCCGUCAGCGGACCAAGCAGUGGCAGUCCGACAAGUACAGGCAGUUCACCGCAAAUGACGCGCAAACACUGACAACGACACUCGAUACCAUUUCUGAACGAAAAUGCUCCCGUUUGUUUGCCGUCUUGCUUGCCAUGGUUUUAUAAAAUUUGAAUCACGUAUUGGGUCGUGAUUGGGUUGUUGUUCCUGGAGGGUAAGGUAUACAAUAAGUUUUAGAAAGAGACAAACGUGUGUGUGUAUGGACAAGAGUAUUGAUUAAAAUAACGAUGUGAGGGGGAAAGGGGGUUUAAAGAAUUUACAUGUUGUAUUAGUUAGACCGUUACCUUAGGACAUUUAAUAUUAAUGUUAACGUUAUGUUGUAGCUAGAACAAUAUCAAUGAGGAAUAUAUAUAUAAGCUUGGCAAAGAGCGAUGAAAGAGUUGGUACAGAGGAGAUCAUAAAAAUCAUCAUAAUUUUAAGCAAAUUAGCUAGAUGUAGCAUAUUUCAAAUUAGCAACAUGAAAAUCAUGUUUUAUUCGAAAUUAUCAACACGAACUAAUCCUAAACCGUAUUCAUAGACGCCUUUCAUAAACUCAACACUAAAACCAUUAAAAAAAAUCAAAAAUUUUAUUUUCUAUCUGCAUCAUCGACCUUGUCUUUGGUAAAUCUAAAAUUAUGAAACUUGCGCUAAAUAUUUUGGUUUUUGUUUCUCGCAUCUCUCACGAUCCGAAGUCGAUACUGUUGUUAUCCUGUUGAAUGUAAUUCAUCUCUUGAAUUUCUCGAUGGAAUACCGUGGAUGUGGAAAUCUAUUUUUCACUGUUCACUUUUCGAAAAACAGGUCGCUUUAGCCUUAGGAACCUAAUAAAGCCGUUUUGGUCAUACGUACGGAAGCAAAAGUAUUUUUCUAUGGCAUAGCCAGUCGCUAAACAUUCAACGGAUUUUAAUGAACCAAAUGAAGCAAUAAAAAUGUGUUCCGGAAUCCAGACUUCGGACAUAAUAAAAUUUCCUAUGAAAACAAUCCAAAUGCAUUACGAUCCCACAUCUUUAGCAUUCCCUGAUUCUGUUUAUCUCUUGCAUUUUACUGUAAACAAUUUUGGCGAGAAGGAGACGAGAUUUUUAAAAAUGAAACUCUAGGUGUUUGUAAAUCUAAAAAGUUAAUAGCAAAGAAAAUUUAAAGGAAAAACCAAACGCAAUAUUAUAAACUUAAAAGUAGUAAUACAUCAUAAAUACUAAAAAAAAUUCUGAUUAAAAUGAAAAUAAAAUUUAAAAAAAAUUUGGUGUUGAUAAACAAAAAUCAAUGUAUAUUGUAAGUGUGUUGAAAAUAAAAAAAAAUUGUGUUGGUGUCAGGAAAACAGUUUAAUCAACAAAUCACCAAAGUAAAAAAUAGGCUAAAAAUAAUUGAAAUAAAAGCAAAAUAUUUUUAUAAUAGCAGAGAAAUGAAAGGCAGACAGAGAGAGAGAGAAAAAACGUUUCAAAAGUUUAUGAAUUAGUUUUGAUUUAUUUCAAACUACACACAGAGCAUCCUAAUCGAAUAACUAUAA